AUGCCAUUAGUUUAUUAAAAAAAGUUUAUAAAUAGAACUGUCGCGCAUAAAAAAAAAACACAGUGGAAAGUUUUAUCCAAGUGUUUAGUUCUGCCACAACUUUAAAUCCGUCACCGAACCGAGAAACAUCAGCAAUAUGUCGAAAUUGAUCCGUUGGGGAAUCGCUUCCGCUGGAAAGAUCAGCGAGGACUUUGUCAUCGCCCUCAGCACCCUGCCCUCCACCGACCACAAGGUCCAGGCUAUUGCUGCUCGUUCUCUGGAACGUGCCCAGGAGUUUGCCAAGAAGCACGAGAUCCCCACUGCCCUGGGAAGCUACGAGGCUCUGGCCAAGAGCGGUGAUGUUGAUGUGGUCUACAUUGGCACCCUCAACCCCCAGCACUACGAGGUGGCCGUCCUCAUGCUAAACAAUGGCAAGCACGUCCUUUGCGAGAAGCCUCUGGCCAUGAACAAGAAGCAGGUUGAGGGAAUCCUGGCCGCCGCCAAGGCCAACAAGCGCUUCUUCAUGGAGGCCGUGUGGUCUCGCUUCUUCCCAUCCUACCAGCGUGUCAAGGAGCUCAUCUCCAGCGGACAGCUCGGCGAAAUCAAGGAUGUGGAGGUUAACUUUGGCUUCCCUCUGGAGCAUGUGGAUCGUCUGCAAAAACGUGAGCUGGGAGGCGGUGUGGUCUACGAUCUGGGAAUCUACACCAUCCAGGCGUCGCAGUGGGCCUUCCAGGAGAAGCCCCAGAAGAUCGAGUCCAAGGGCUCCCUCAACGCCGAAGGCAUCGACGAUGAUGUGAGCGCCACCUUGACCUACAGUGGUGGACGCACCGCUCGCAUGCGUUUCUCCUCCAAGGAGAAGCUCUCCAACACCGCCGUCAUCAAGGGCAGCAAAGGACAGGUCACUCUGAUUGAUUUCUGGACUCCCAACAAACUGAUCGACAUUGAUGGCAAGGAGAAGGAGUGGCUGCCGCCCAAGGGCAAGUACCAGACCAACUACGCCAACUCGGAGGCCAUGCGCUACGAGGCGGAGGCAGUGCGUCAGUCCAUCCUCGCUGGCGAGGUGGAGAACAAGAACGUGACCUACGCCGACAGUCUGCUCUUCGCAGAAAUCGAAGACACCAUCCGCAAGCAGAUCGGAGUCCUCAACAAGUUCGAUGAGGAAUAAAUGUAUAGAAUCUAUAAAAUAAUAAGCAUAAUAAAUAAAAGUCUUUAUAAUAAAACUAUAAA